GCAGGCUGCUGGGGCGCCAGGCAGCAGCAGUAGCUGUCCCGUCAUCAGCUCACACCCAACGGGGCUGCAGCGCACCGCUCCUCCAGCGUGAACAUCAUGACACCCCGGUUCAAAACCGCAAUCUGAGCCGCACUGAGGAAAUCGGCGGAGGACUGUUAGUAACGGACGUGGAUACACACACACAUACAGACACACACUCAUGCACAUUUCCAUACACAUUAACACGCGCACACACAGGAUCGCUAAUAUUGCAGCGGCCACCAGCACCAGCACCACCAGCAGCACAGCACAGACUGGAGCUGUGACCGAGGCGAACUCCACUGCUCCGUGGAAUUGCUCUCUUCGCCCCAGAGACGCGUCCCGCUCGGACCCCCGCUAAAGAAAUCCCUCCCCGCGAGUCGUUUCACGCCAAAAAAUGUCUUCGUCGGGCAAGGACGCCAACAGCGGGCAUUACGCCAACUAUGUGGGACCGUACCGCCUGGAGAAGACGCUGGGCAAAGGACAGACAGGUCUGGUGAAGCUGGGUGUCCACUGUGUCACAAACCAGAAAGUUGCCAUAAAGAUUGUCAACAGAGAAAAGCUCAGUGAGUCAGUUCUUAUGAAGGUGGAGCGGGAGAUAGCUAUUCUCAAACUCAUAGAGCAUCCUCACGUUUUAAAGCUGCACGACGUCUACGAAAAUAAGAAAUACCUAUAUCUGGUGCUAGAGCAUGUGUCUGGUGGGGAGCUUUUUGACUACCUGGUGAAGAAAGGCCGGUUAACACCAAAAGAAGCCCGGAAGUUCUUCAGACAAAUCAUCUCCGCUCUGGACUUCUGCCACAGCCACUCCAUAUGCCACAGAGAUUUGAAGCCCGAGAACUUGUUGUUAGAUGAGAAGAACAACAUCAGGAUAGCAGACUUUGGCAUGGCGUCUCUGCAGGUCGGGGACAGUCUGCUGGAGACCAGCUGCGGAUCUCCACACUACGCCUGCCCAGAGGUUAUCAGGGGGGAGAAGUAUGAUGGGAGAAAGGCCGAUGCGUGGAGCUGUGGAGUCAUCCUGUUUGCACUUUUAGUGGGCGCUCUUCCUUUUGAUGACGACAACCUGAGAAACCUGCUGGAGAAGGUGAAGCUGGGAGUUUUCCACAUGCCUCACUUUAUCCCUCCAGACUGUCAGAACCUUCUGCGUGGCAUGAUUGAAGUAGACCCCAUUAAGAGACUGACGUUGGAGCAGAUCCAGAAGCAUACGUGGUAUCUAGCUGGAAAGAACGAGCCAGAACCCGAGCAGCCCAUCCCCAGGAAGGUGGCCAUCAGAACACUGGCUUCGGUUGAAGAGAUCGACCCCGACGUCCUGGAGAGCAUGCACUCCCUGGGCUGCUUCAGAGACAAGGACAAACUGACCAAAGAUCUGCUGUCUGAGGAUGACAACCAGGAAAAGAUGAUCUACUUCUUGCUACUGGACCGGAAGGAGAGGUAUCCCAGCCACGAGGACCAGAACCUGCCACCGCGCAACGAGAUCGCAGACCCUCCCAGGAAGCGUGUAGACUCACCCAUGCUGAGCCGUCACGGCAAGCGGAGGCCGGAGAGAAAGUCCAUGGAGGUGCUGAGCGUCACAGAGGGAGGGUCUCCUGUACCAGUGCGGCGAGCCAUCGACAUGGCCACGCACGGACAGAGGUCACGGUCAAUCAGUGGAGCAUCCUCUGGUCUGUCCACCAGUCCUCUCAGCAGUCCCAGGGUGACUCCCCACCCCUCCCCCAGAGGGAGCCCUCUCCCAACCCCCAAAGGCACCCCAGUGCACACGCCCAAGGACAGCCCAGCUGGUACUCCCAGCCCGACACCACCACCCAGCCCUUCCAUUGGUGGCAUGCCCUGGAGGACGCGCCUCAACUCCAUCAAGAACAGCUUCCUCGGCUCACCGCGCUUCCACCGCAGGAAAAUGCAAGUUCCCACCCAGGAGGAUAUGUCCAGUCUCACCCCAGACUCCUCGCCAGAACUGGCUAAGAAGUCAUGGUUUGGAAACUUCAUUAAUCUGGAGAAGGAGGAGCAGAUCUUCAUAGUCAUCAGAGACAAACCUCUCAGCUCCAUAAAGGCCGAUAUUGUGCAUGCCUUCCUUUCUAUUCCCAGUCUGAGCCACAGCGUCAUCUCUCAGACCAGUUUCCGGGCAGAAUACAAGUCCACAGCUGGUCCGACGGUUUUCCAGAAGCCGGUGAAGUUCCAGGUGGACAUCACCUACACCGAGAGCACCAGCGCCACAAAGGAGAACGGCAUAUAUUCUGUCACCUUCACCUUGCUCUCAGGCCCUAGCCGACGCUUCAAGCGUGUGGUGGAGACCAUCCAGGCCCAGUUGCUCAGCUCCAACGACCAGCCUGGCAUCCAGCCGCAGAUAUCCGAUGGCUCUCAGCGCUCAGCUUCUUUGCCCAGUAAAUCCUCCAAGCGUGGCAGCCCGUUGAGUAACUUCUUUGACGUAAUUAAACAGCUUUUUUCAGACGAGAAGAACAUCCAAGCGUCCCACUCCCCUGGCGCCCCCGCCACGCCUAGCUCCCCCACCAAGCAUACCCCCAGCAGCAAGCCCAACCAGCCCCCACCUAAUGACUCUAAAUGCCCCCCUGGCAAAGACAAAACAAAGAUGGCUGCCAGCAGCAGGACACAGGAAGAACCUUAAGGAGCGGUAGCUGUGCAUGACUAAGAUGAAAGCAGUAAUCAGGGAUCAUCCAUAAUAACUAUUAACCUUGGCGAGACGGCUGACAGCGGCCUGCUAGGCCUGCCAGCACCGGGAGAGUUUCAAACGGAAGAAAACAUUGAGGACCACUUCCCUAGCCCACUUGAAUCCACUCCCCCCGCCCUAUAUCUUUGAGGCUCUUCCUGCUGCCGCAUCAGUAGAGUACACUUCACCCCACCAGACCAAACACGGACACGUCUUGGAAGAGUUGUAAAAAGAAAAAGAAAAAAAGCCUUAAGACAGUGACGUUUGUCAGUCUGCACACAUGUAUACCCUCUCCCUCUUUCUUCCAUUUCUCCUACAUGUACAUAAAAAAAUGCACCCACCACACAUACACCUCAGCAUAAACAACCUGUUCGCGUGAUGAACUUGAACUCGAGAUGGGAUGCAGGAGCGAUGGAAGAAAGCAAAGGUGGACGGAUGGAUCAACAAACACUGGCUGGAUUGUAAUUUUUUUUUAAAUCAUAUUUCUUUGUGAGCAGCAGAUUCUUUUAGCUCGCUCUGUGCUGUCUGUACAUGGGUUCUUGCAAUUAAAGACUGCCCAUAAAAGUAUGAUAAAGAGGGUUGGCGGUGGUAAUAUUAUAUAAAUGAAUGAUCUAUUCUGUUGUACAGACUAAACUGUGUCCCUGCUUUAUGUCAAAAAGUGUAGUAGUGGCAUUAUGUUUUAGAGUUUUUGCCAUAUUUUCUUUAGUAUUCCUGAACAGGCACGGCCACAUCAGCAUUCGAAAUGUUUAAUUGUAACAGUAGAUGGAGCUCACAUACAGGAAGAGACCUGCAACCAAGGCUGUGGGGAGUCAUGAAAUAAUGCAACUGCUAGCGAUAAGGGCAAAACAACCUGUGUUAAUGUGAGGUACACGAAUAGUAAUCUAAAUGAGCUAGUUAACUAGCUGCAGAUUUGCUAGCUAAACUUAGUUUCUCACUUCAGAGGGAAGAGCCCAUUACAAUAAAAAAAAAAUAGAAAAUACUCAAAAAGCUAUUUUGGAUUUAGCGUUAGCAAGUUUUUGCUAGCUAGUGCGUUGACCGUUAACAUUGCCCAGGAAAUUUUGCUGGUGUGACCAGGCCGUUUUGCUUAGUCGUCUCCUUUUUAUUUUGCACUUUGAACAUUUUUCUUGAGUUACACCAUUUCAGUGUGUUUUAAAUUUUCUCUUUUAUUCCCCAAGUUCUUUUAAAUUAUCUGCAGGUUUCAGACAAUAUUGAACUGCUGUGUAUAUUUUUGUACUUUACUGUAUUUUGUCAUUUUUUAAAUUAAUUUAUUAUUGUUUAUUUAUAUGAAAGAUGUAGAGAAUGUUUCUUAAUGUCAGAUUAUUUAAGGAUAUUUUUGUCAUGUUUAAUUUAUUUGACCACUGAGAAAUGAAAACAUUUGUGUGUGUUUGUUGCUUUUCCCUGGUUUUCGAUGCAAGAAACCUUGUAAUAUAUGUUUGGGAAAAUAAUUUACUGUAAUUUAAGAAUGUAGUUUUAGCCUCUUUGAGAGGAACAAACCCUUUGUUGAUGACUGUCCUUUUCCCAGACCCCAUGGCUCAGAACUCACCAAACACUCAUUCUGUAAAUAAGCCGAGUUUACUGGCAAGCUUAUUUAAAAAAGAAAAGAAAAAAACACAAAAAAAAACAAGGGGAUCCCUAUUCUUAGCUUUGACCUUGUAUGGUUGUUUGCAUGUUCAGCAUUUGUCUUUUCUUUGCAUGUUGUCGUUGGAAUUGUUCUCCUCUUCCCCUUUUCUCUACACAUUUCGGUUCUUUAUGUGCAUUCAUUUGAAUUUGCCUUUUUGUUUUUUUACAUUUUCAUUUAAUUUGCUGUCCUUUCUCUUUUUUGAUUACUGUGUGCACACAGUAACCGUGCAAUGCAUUCUCCUUACUCAUUCUCUCAAAGAGGGACCUUGCUGGCAAUUGGGUCACUCACUCAGCCCAUCUGGGUGGGUGUUGAGUUGUCAGAGAGAAAAAUUAAAGCAAUACCUUUCAUCAUUCGCUUUCCUCUUUUUCUACUGUGGGAAUCCAGAGCACACAGAAUGGACUCUUCGGUACUGAGCGCUACUACUGAGCAGGAUAACCAUUUGCAAUGUAUUCCCUUGUGAUGUUACUGUGAACAACUUCAGUGCUAAAGGAAAUAAAUCUGUUGACUUUGGA